AAUAUUGAAGAAUUAUAUAUCGACAGGGGCGCGGCUACGCGGGUAGUUCGUUCGAGGAUCCAAGCCACUCUCUCUGCAAUCACUCGCUUUGGCGCGAGAGAGGGAGAGACGCAGUGGCGGAAUAGAGGAUUGUUGGGAUUCCAAAUUAUUGUCUCAGUAAGUUCAUCUCUCUAAAGUUUCAUAUAUUUCCAAAUCAAGCGAUUUCUUUAGAAGUGUGAGAUUUUCUGAGAAUGUAGUGUCUCGCCGUUAGUAGUUUGAUCAAGAUUUACCGGCAAUCGAUGUGCUUUGCUUUGAGAAUCCAAGUAGAUGCUGAAGCGAUUUUUCUAUAUUUAAGUUUAAUGGACAUGCUUGAUCUUUGAUCCAUCAGAUUUCAUUUGCCUCAUGAGGUUCCGUUUUUUUAUGAAUUAAGAUUCAGGGAUUUGACGUAAAUAGAAUCUAGCGGCUGUUCCUCUUCCAUGACAUCCUUGGAUCUAAUAAUUCAGUCAUCUGAUCGUCAUGAUUUCGCUACUAUUAAGUUUGUUGAUAUUUUUCUUCCAAAAGGGAAUUUUCAUAGAAAAAGUUUAAAGGAAAGAUUGUACCUAGAAACUGUAGAUCAUAGCGUGCUUACAUCUUGAUGUUUAACCAUGAACCCCAAGUCGCCUUCGAAACUUAAGCCGUCACCAACGAGAUUCUCUAAGCAUAAAUGGAUAUUAAACGUAACUGUUAUUGUCGUUGUUACAAUUGUGAUUUCACGUGGUGCAAUUCUGGCAUUGAAAUCUCUAGUUUCUAAUGCACCGAAAGAGCUUUAUUAUACUGUGGUCGUGGACUGUGGAAGCACGGGCACACGAAUAGAUGUAUAUGAAUGGACGUUGGGGAUGAAGGAUGGUAGUGAAUUGCCUGUUUUAUUGCGUUCUUUUCCUAACAAUUCAACUAAAAGUCCGCUUCGAAAGAAAUCUUGUAGCUAUCACUGUAUGCAAACCCAGCCGGGGUUGGAUAAAUUUGUUGGCAAUAUUUCAGCUGUAAGGGCUUCUUUGAAACCAUUGAUUGAGUGGGCAGAACAGGAGAUACCGGUUGAAAGGCAUGCAAUUACUCCUAUUUUUGUUUUAUCUACUGCUGGACUGAGGAGAUUGGCAAAUGAGGAUGCCGAGCGGAUUUUGGAAGACAUCGAGGCUGUUGUUAAGGAGCAUUCUUUCAUGUAUCAAAAAAGUUGGAUAAGAGUGCUGAGUGGUAUAGAAGAAGCUUAUUAUGGUUGGGUUGCUUUAAAUUACAAAAUGGGGAGCUUUAGAAACAGUUCAAGGUCAGGCACGUUGGGAAUUCUUGAUUUGGGUGGUUCCUCGUUGCAGGUUGUGAUGGAAUCAGACCGUAAACGGGAAGAAAGGGAAGAAAUGCACUUAAUGAGAUCAAAAGUUGGAUCCAUUGAGCAUCAGGUUUUGGCUUUCUCAUGGGAAGCUUUUGGUUUGAAUGAGGCAUUUGAUAGGACUCUUCUUUUGCUCAAUCAAACACAGCAACUUGGAGAAAGUAACAUGACUACAGUGGAGCUCAGACAUCCUUGCCUUAGUUCAAGUUUUAUGCAAAAAUAUACAUGCUACAAUUGUUUAAGCCAUAACAAUACGGGCCAGGGGAAAUUGAGUCAUCAAAUCCCCAAUCUUGGAUAUCCUUUUUAUUUGGUUGGGAAACCAAAUUGGGAGCAGUGCAAACGAAUAGCUAGGGCUGCUGCAAUCAAUUCCAGCACUUUAGCUUGGUCUGAGCCUAUCAACGCUACAAAAUGUCUUGCUAGCCCGUCAUCUUUGAAUGGUGGUAAUAAUACAGUUGUGCACAUUUCCACCACACGUUUCCAUGCUCUAUCAGGAUUCUUUGCAGUCUAUCAAUCAGUAAAUCUGUCUACAAGAGCCAAUUGGACAAACAUAUGGGAAAGAGGCCUGGAGUUAUGCUCUGCUUCUCAAGCUGAUAUGACGCUGAGUGUUUCAGGAAACCAAACUAGUUUGUGGCAAUAUUGUUUCCAGUUACCUUAUAUGGCAUCACUCAUUGAGGAUGCUCUCUGUCUUGGCGAUAAAGAAGUGAUUUUUGGUCCUCCGGAUGUCUCCUGGACUCUAGGAGCCGCGUUGAUAGAGGGAGAGUACUUAUGGUCAAGUUCAAGUACAACAACAACAAUUGAGAAUCACAAUUCAACUUUGGGAAAAAUUGAGCCUAUAUAUGUAUUUCUGUUUCUUCUGUGUCUUCUAUUGGUUGUUUAUUAUAAUCAAAUCAAGCUACCUAUGUUAGGCAGAAAGGCAGCAGCGGCUGGGGCAUCUCUGCCAUCUUAUGCCCUUCCAAAACACAGGCCGAACUGAUUCAGAGAUGGUCUAGUAAGUGUCAUUUACAUUCGAUUCAUUCAAUAAAAUUGUAGUAUCAAAUACAUCAACUGUAUUGAAAAACAUCAAGAAUGUUUUUUUAGACAGAGGCAUGAAAAACAUCAAACUUCAUAUGCA